AUGAUAAAUAAAUUAGAAAUAUUACCAAAUGAAAUAUUUAUAAAUAUAUUUUCUUAUUUAUCAUGGGAUGAUAUAUUAAUGUCAUUAUGGUCAUUAAAUGAACGUAUUAAUUCUAUUAUUUGUUCAUUAUUUUCAAUAAAUAAAAAUGGUAUUAUAUUUAAUAAAUCAGUUUUAUCUUAUAAAAUAUUUUCAUCUAUAUUAUUACCAUUAAUAUUAAAUUCAUCAUUUCUUUCUUCGAAUAUAAAAUAUAUUUAUUUUGAUGGAAUUAAUUCAAUUUCUUUUGAUUUUAUUUAUCAAGAAAUAUUUUCUAAUAAUGAUAAACAAAGAAUUUGUUUUCCUAAUCUUAAAUCACUUUAUAUAACUCAAUGUUUAUUAUCUCAAUCAUUAAUUGAAAUAUUAUCUUUACUUAUUCAAUAUCAAUUAAAUCAACUUACAUUAACAUUUAAUAAAGAUGUCUACAAAAUAUCUGAAUAUGGAAGUGAACGUUCCUCAGCCGCAAUUAAUCGAAGUAAUCAAUAG